AAAGCUCAGUGUCCCUGAAGUCAGGAACAGGUUGCAAGGAGAAGGUUCAACGAAACUCAGCACAAAAGUACAUUAUACUCUGAUUUUUGUGCAACAGAACUAUUUCUGUAACAUCUGCAUCUACCUCCUUGGUUCUUUCCAUCAUGGAUUUAUUGUGUCUGGGUUUAUUCACACUGGCUUUGCUGGCACAGACUCCAAGUGUCACUACUGCUGAUACACUCAACACAACUACAGCUGCCACCCCGGCCGACACAUCUACGACUGCCACCCCGGCCGACACAACUACGACUGCCACCCCGGCCGACACAACUACGACUGCCACCCCGGCCGACACAACUACGACUGCCACCCCGGCCGACACAACUACGACUGCCACCCCGGCCGACACAUCUACGACUGCCACCCCGGCCACCACAUCUACGACUGCCACCCCGGCCACCACAUCUACGACUGCCACCCCGGCCACCACAUCUACGACUGCCACCCCGGCCACCACAUCUACGACUGCCACCCCGGCCACCACAUCUACGACUGCCACCCCGGCCACCACAACUACAACUACCAAACAGCCUGCCACCACCACCACCACCACCACCACCACCACCACCACCACUACAACUACCAAACAGCCUGCCACCACCACUACAACUACCAAACAGCCUGCCACCACCACUACAGCUACCACUACCAAACAGGCCAACACCAAUACCACUGGCACUCCAGCCGCCAACAGUACAACUGCUAUCCCAGCCAACGCCACCACAGCUGCCACACAGGACAACACUACAACUCUAACCCAAAACAUCACAACAACAGUGACUACCACCACUGCAAAUGGAGGCUCGGAGGUGAAAGCUUCUGUGCUUUGUCUUGUUUUUCCACUCUUGCUCUACAUGCCUUGUGUUUAAUUGUCUGUGAAGCUUGCAUACAUUAAAUGUAGAUGCACUCUAAUCACAGAAACAAAGGACAACAUCUAAGGUAAAUCCUGACCCCUUUUUGUUUUGUACACAAAAUAUAUGUAGACCUAUCCUAAUCUUAUGUGCUCUUU